AUGCCGGAAUCGGCCGGGCGAACACAGCAGAGGACACGGCGGGCUCGCAGGGAGAAGGCUGCUAGACUGGUCUCCGUCUCUUCUAACCCUUGCUCUGGUGAUCUAAGGACCGCAGACAUCAUCACGUCUCAUGCAGGUCCAUUGACCCGCAUUAGACCUGAGGAUGCAGAGGAACAUUCCACAGCGGAGGGGGAAAGAGGUUACUGCUGUGUGACUGAGGAUCAGCCACGCAUCGUGUAUCGCAGUAAAAAGGUCAAGUACCUGGAAUGUGGGAUGGCGCAGGAGCACUACGCACGCGCUUCUGCGUCUUCAUGCAUCUUGCGCAUGCGCACUGGCCACACCAGCGCUAGAUGCCCUGCCAGAAGGAGCCCCGUGCCAGCGCUGGCGAGCCUGGCACUUCUUCUGGGAGUGAAGAUCACUAAUCCAACCGGUCUUAUUGGAGCUCCAUGCCAUGAUGUCAUCGUGGCAUGGAGCUAUAAAAGAGCGUUUAAGGACCCUAUAGGAAGUGGACACAUCAUCACGCAGAGACACAUAAUGGAUGAGGAUGAGGAUGAGGAGAGUUUCACCACUUGAUUGGCAUACACAAAGAGUCCCAAGACAGCAAAAAGAACUUCAUUCCAGGAUGAGCUAAAGAAGGUCGUCAAUGCUCGAGUUUCCCGACAGAAGGCUAUUGAAGAAACUGAAUACUCCGACUACUCGGAUGAAUUUGAAAGUGAUGAUGACAGUUUAGACGACUCUUUCAAGAAGACAAAAACCAUUACAACAAAAUCACAGAAGUCUUUCCAUGAUUUCCACUUCUCAGAUGAUGAAGAUGAGGAUUCACAUAGCAAAGUGUCCUUCCUGAAAACUAGGAAGCAGGACAACAAUGAGCCAGACUAUAACCUGACUGAUGGCAGUAUCCGCAAAGGAGACUAUGAACGUAUUCUGCCCAAGUCACCACUCUCUGGGGAUAUGAAGAAUGGAGGUCUUUUAUCAGAAGGCCAUAAACCUACUCCAAAGCCAAGAGAGUCCAGGAUGAAACGAUCACCAUCACCUCCAGGUUCUGGAAUUUCUACAUUGGAUGGGGACUUUAAACCAACUCCACAGGACAGGAGCAGAGACAAGACAGAGGGAAAACACACCAUGAAUAAACCUGUAUUAGUCUCUGCCCCAUCUUCUCUAACAAGACGAAAUGAUACCGUUUCUGCUUCAGAAGCACAGUCCUUUUCUGAGACAUAUAGCCCUGAGGUGCUUCGGCUAUUGAAUUCGCCUUCACCAACAGCAAGACUGAGAUCUCCUACUAUGACAGCUGUUCAAAAAGACAUUGCAAAGGAAGAAGAACCAGGGUCACUUAAAGCUCUCAAGAUCAGAGAAUUUGAUGGACAUAGGAACACUGAGUCACAUGUUAGUGAAGAAGAUCCCCCUUCGGUUCUUCAAAUGAUGUUAACCAGUGUAAAGGAAAAGUCUGUUCAGGAAAAAAACAAAGAUGUUUGCCUCUCAGAAACUCGUGAAAUCUACAACUCAAGUGAGCAAGAUAAAAUCCUUGGUAACAAACAUUCACAGAACGAGCUUAAUCUUCAAAAGAAGACAGAUGAGUUUAUGAAACUAGGUACAUCCCAAUCAAGCAGAUCUAUAGCUGCUGAACAAAACAAAAAGUCAUUCAAGCACAGAAGACCGAAUUCUGCUAAGUCACGCUACCUGGGAACUUUAACUAUAUUAGACAAAUCGGCCUAUGAAAAUAAUGGGGAGAUAGAAGCUGCAGAUACGUUGCGUGCCACUGUUUACCAGAACUGGUUGGAAAAGAAGAAAGUGUUUCUUCAUGAAGUGCAUAAAAAUAAAAAGGCUGAAGCCGAAGAAGAGAAAGAAAAAUUAAAAUUGCAGAAUGCCAUGAAGAAGGAGGAGGCCAUGGCUGCUUUCAUGGCCUGGAAAUCAGAAAAGAAAAAGGAAAUUAAAGACAUUCGAGUGAAGCAAAAACUGGAAGAAAAGAAAAAUAUGGAAGAAAUUCAAGAUAGUGCAUGCAAGAAAGAGGAUUGCAGAAAGGCUUUUGAAAAGUGGAAAGCAUCAAAGGAAGAUCAUUUAAAAGAAAAAGCUCUUAAAGUAAAGGAUCUUGAAAUAGAAAAAAAACAGAAUGAGCAAAAAAUGAUCACGGAGAAAAAAAGCAACAACAUGACUGCUUUUACAACAUGGAAUGAAAGAAAAGAACUUGUGCUGAAGGAAAAGAAAAAGGAAAAAAAGUAUGAGAAACUAAAACUGGAGAAAGUAAAAUCUGAGAAAAAUGAAAAGGAGCAAAGAGCUUUAGAACUAUAUGAGCAAUGGCUGGAGAAAAAAGAGCAGCAGGAAAAGAUUGAAAAGCAGAGAAAGCUGAAAGUUAUUUUAGAUGAUGACCCCCCGCCCCCGUGGAGUCCUCCGGGAAAAACUAUCCCAGCAGGCAGAUGACCGUGGCCUCAAUUCUCUCCAUUCUGCAAACUGCAAUAUCAAUAUUUCUUAACAUUGCACUAUGACUUGUAUGAGCUUUCUUGUUUUGGUUCUAAACAUUUACACACAAGGGUGUGAUAUUGACUUGGUGAUGUUACAUAUCGCGUCAACAAAAAAUACAAGGCAAGCAUAUUCAUUAUUGGUGCUGUAAAAUAUUGCUUGGCUGUACAAUGAAG